GGUAUGUCAUUUGUUAAGUCUGUUGAUGCUUCUGAUAUGAUAAAAACUGCCGAUACCUUGUUUAAAUUGUUUGCUGAGGUUAUUGAGUGGGUUGGGUCUAGUAACAUUGUGCAUGUGGUUACUGAUAAUGUUGCGAAUUCUGUAUCUGUUAGAAACUCAUUCAUGAAAAGUAUCCAAACAUUUUUUGGUCUCCUUGUGCUGCUCAUUGCAUCAAUCUUAUCUUGAAAGACAUAGCAAGUCUUCCUCACAUAGCUGACCUUGCCUCUCGUGCUUCAAAAGUGACUGUCUUUGUUUACAAUCAUAUGAUUUUCUUGUCAUGGCUUAGAAAAAUAAAAGAGUGGAAAGAAAUUGUUCGACCAGGUGUAACACGUUUUGCUACUGUUUUCAUUACUUUGAAAAGUAUAUAUGAUCAUAAAGAAGACUUGCAAUCAUUGGUGGUGGACAAAUAUUUCACUUCUCAUAAAUUAUCCAAGAGUGUCAAUGGGAAGAUGGUUAGUUCAAUUAUCUUGGAUAGUAAGUUUUGGGAGGAUUGUUUUACUACUGUUAUGCUUGUUGGUCCUCUAAUUAAGUUAUUGAGGCUUGUUGAUGCUGAUGAGAAACCUUCUCUGGGUAUUGUGUAUGCGGGCAUGCAAAGAGCCAAAAUUAAUAUCAAGACAAUGUUUAGAAAUAGGAAAUCUGCAUACACACCUUAUACAAGUAUCUUGAAAAUGCGGUGGGAUAAGCAUUUGAAGCGUGACCUCCAUGCAGCAGCAUACUUUUUGAAUCCAGAUUACUUCUAUAGUGAGGGGUUUGUUGAGAAGGCAAAUAUCUUGAGGUCUUUGCUUGAUUUAUUUGAUAUUGAAACUCUUUGCGAUGACUCGGUUGCCGCAAUGCAAGAGAUACAGUUGUAUCGAGAUCAAAAAGGAAGUUUUGGAAGGGAAAGUGCAUUGAAAGCAAUUAAGAGACUUGAACCUGGUGAAUGGUGGAGGCUACACGGUGGGAGUGCUCCUAACUUGCAAAAAAUGGCAAUUCGUCUUCUUCAUCAAACAUCUUCAUCAUCCGGCUGCGAGAGGAACUGGAGCCUCUUUGAACAAAUCCAUUCAAAGAGGAGGAACCGAUUAGAGCAUCAAAGGCUAAGUGACAUUGUUUAUGUCACUUAUAAUCUACGCCUUCAAUCUAGAAUGCAUCGCAAGAAGAAGAAUUAUGAUCCAAUUGACAUUCAAAGCAUUGACACAGUAGAUUUUUGGGUAAUGCCGGAUGAAGAAGAUCCUGAAUUUACUAAUGGAGACAUUGAAGGCAUUGAAAAUUUAAUCUAUACGGAUAAUGCUAUGCCUUCAUAUCCUACAGAUGGAGGAGAUGUGGAACUUGAUGUGGAUUUCCCUAAUGUUGCUGAUUCUUCAAAUACAGCAUCUUUUGGUGGUACUUCUGAUGAUGGUGGCUUUGGAUUACCUGUUUAUGAUGGAGAUGUUAGAACACUUAAUGAUAAUUAUGAUUUUUGAUGAGUUGCAUCUUUGAUUAGUUGAAAACUUGUUAGUAAUUGUAUCUUUUGAAUGUAGAACAUUAUGGGUUUGUCAUUAUGUACGUUUUAUUUUUUGUUUAGCUAUAAACUUUGAUGUUUGAA